AGGUGUUUCUGUGGCAUCGGUAAUCUUGUGGGAGACAAUGUUCCGUCUUUUGGUUCCAACAUAUUAUUCCUACUCCGUCCCAUUACGUUUUCCUUUUUGCAAGAUCUACCGUUACUCAACUUCCAACAAAAUGGUGGCCAUCAAGGACAUCACUGCUCGUCAGAUCCUCGACUCCCGAGGAAACCCGACCGUCGAGGUUGACUUGUUGACCGAUGGCGGCUGCUUCCGUGCCGCUGUCCCCAGCGGCGCAUCCACUGGCAUCUACGAGGCGCUUGAGCUCCGUGACAAGGACCAAACUAAGUUCAUGGGCAAGGGUGUGAUGAAGGCCGUGGAGAACAUCCACAAGAUUAUCAAGCCGGCGCUUAUUGGCAAGGACCCGUGCGACCAGAAGGGUAUUGACAAGCUGAUGGUCGAGGAGCUCGAUGGAACUAAGAACGAGUGGGGCUGGUGCAAGUCGAAGCUCGGCGCGAACGCGAUCCUGGCCGUCUCGAUGGCUUGCUGCCGCGCCGGCGCUGCUGCCAAGGGCAUGCCCCUGUACAAGUACAUUGCCACUUUGGCUGGAAACCCGACAGACAAGAUGGUAAUGCCCGUCCCGUUCUUCAACGUCAUCAACGGCGGCUCCCACGCAGGCAACAAGGUCGCGAUGCAGGAGUUCAUGAUCGCCCCCGUCGGCGCCUCCACAAUCCAAGAGGCGAUCCAGAUCGGCGCGGAAGUGUACCAGCACCUGAAGGUCGUCAUUAAGAAGAAGUAUGGCCUCGACGCCACGAACGUCGGCGACGAGGGUGGCUUCGCCCCCAACAUCAGCGGCGCCACGGAGGCCCUCGACUUGCUGAUGGAGGCCAUCAAGGUGUCUGGUCACGAAGGCAAGGUCAAGAUUGCCGCCGACGUCGCCGCUUCCGAGUUCUUCCUCCAGGACGACAAAGUCUAUGACCUAGACUUCAAGACUCCGAACAACGACAAGUCGCAACGCAAGACUGGCGAAGAGCUUCGCAACCUGUACAAGGACCUGUGCCAGAAGUAUCCCUUCGUGUCCAUCGAGGACCCGUUCGACCAGGACGACUUCCACAGCUACGCUCAGCUCACCAACGAGGUUGGCGAGAAGGUCCAAAUCGUCGGCGACGACCUCCUGGUCACCAACCCGACGCGCAUUGAGAAGGCCGUUCAGGAGAAAGCGUGCAACGGCCUGCUUCUCAAGGUGAACCAGAUUGGCACAGUCAGCGAGUCUAUCGAGGCCUGCCAGCUUGCCCAGAAGAACAAGUGGGGCGUUAUGGUUUCUCACCGCUCCGGUGAGACUGAGGACUCCUUCAUCGCUGACCUCGUCGUCGGUCUCCGCACCGGGCAAAUCAAGACUGGCGCCCCGUGCAGAUCCGAGCGUCUCUGCAAGUACAACCAGCUGAUGCGUAUCGAAGAGUCGCUCGGCUCCGACUGUCAGUACGCCGGCGCUGGCUUCCGCCAUCCCAACUAAGUGAAACGGAGUUUCGACUACCCAACUGCUUCAAUUGGGGCUGGGUGGUUUGUCCACUCUGCAACAAGGGCGUGACGAGAUCGUUGCACAUGCAACUGCCUUUUUUGUGCUUGGUGGGAAGGAGCACUUUCGCAGGUGCAGCACCGAGUUGCGGUUGAUGGGAAUUUCGGAACUGAUUUGUUUCUUGCAUGCCAUCACCGAAGGAACGAGCAGUUUCGUUGAUAAUAUUGGAAAGUCUUUUGAGCCCCC